AUGUCGCUUCCUCACGAAAAGAGCCCAAAAAGCGCCUUCGUCAUCGGGGAGAGCGAGAAUGAAGCCCAUGACGGAGUCAAAGAACCACAACAGGCAGGUGCAGAGAGAGCAGCAUAUGUCGAAUCCAAGAGAACAUGGAAAUCAUUUUUCUGGUCGACACUCGAUGUUCCGAAAGAUGAGGCACGAUUUCUCACGAAGCUAGAUUUGACACUCAUAUCAGCAUCGGCUCUCGGCGUGAUGUGUCGCUAUCUCGACCAAGUCAAUAUCACGAAUGCUUUCAACAGUGGUAUGAAAGAGGAUCUUUCGUUGUACGGAAAGGAACUCAACUACGCCAACGCUAUCUGGAGUGCAGCUUACGUCUUCGGGCAAAUACCGUCAAACCUACUUCUCACUCGAGUCAGCGCUCCCCUUUACAUUGCCUUCCUUGAGUUUGCAUGGACCGUCUUUACAUUUGCCACCGCAGGUGUCAAGGAUGUCAAUCAGCUUUACAUAUUCCGUUUCUUCGUCGGCUUGUUUGAAGCAGGGCAUUUCCCAGCCGUCAUGUACGUGUGUUCGAGUUACUACAAGCCGCACGAACUUGCGCGGCGCAACACGCUGAUUCAAGUAUUCACCUCCGUCGGGCCACUGUUCUCCGGCUUCCUGAUGGCUGCCGUGUAUGCCGGCUUGGAUGGAAAGAGUGGUCUCCCGGGCUGGCGAUGGAUGUACAUCGUUUGCGGUUGCAUCUCCCUCCCUUGUGCGAUAUGGACUGCGUUUGCCAUGCCCCAACUACCUUCUCGGGCUAAAGCGAAUUGGAUUUUUACCGAAAAGGAAGUUGAGCUGGCCCGUGCUAGAAUGCCUACCGAAGUCAGACCGCACACUGGACUGUUCAAGUGGACGGAUGUCAAACGCUGGCACACGACGUGGCACGUCUACCUCUUGAUCUUCUGGGUCAAAAGCUACAACGUAGCCGGGAAGCCACCUCGCUUUUCCGUAGCAGAGAUCAAUAUCAUCCCACUCGGAAUCAACAUUAUUUCCAUCUUCGCAACCCUGGUCAACUCUUGGGUAUCGGACAGCUUGCCUGGAGCAGCUCGAUGGCCUGGUAUGUUGUUUGCCAGCGUGAUGGCCAUUAUCUUCCCCAUUGCACUGGCAGCCACACCCGUGCACCCAGCAGACAUCGCAACUCGAUGGGCAUUGUACUACCUCACGGCUCUAGCGGGUACGUGCGCUGGCAUCACAUGGACAUGGGUGAACGAAACGAACAGACACGAUCCCGAAAAGCGGGCAUACGUGUCUGCCAUGAUGAACGCGUUUGCCUACAUUUUCACGGCGUGGGUGCCCAUUUUUACAUUCCCUGCCAAUCUCCAGCCAUACAUCGUCACUGGCAACUACAUUACAGCUGGUUUCGGAGCAGCGGCCGCGGUGACUGUACUCGUUAUCCGCCACUUCUACAACCGGGAUUUGAAGAGACAAUACGAGCUCAAGAUCUGA